AUGUUGAUAGGCGGGCACAAUCUUCAUGCUGCUGGUGGCAGUCUACCUACCAGACCAAGUGAUGGCGGUGAUGGAAACAUCAACUCGCCUCAAAGGUCACACUGCUGUCAAUCCUCGCAUUGUGAGCGUGAGAUGCUGUCGCACUGCCAGUCCAUGCCAGAAAGUACAGUACUAUAUACGAGCGUCUCGGCCUAG